AUGAAUAACAUACUAUUACAUUUAUUUGUAUCUAUUUUGUAUGUACAUAAUGGCCUAACAAUAACAGCAAACAUCACGGACAUUGAAAACUUGUAUUCUGAUUUGAUUUUAUACUCGCCAACCCCAGAGUUGUUGAAAAAUAUUCGUCCAUCCGAGAAAACAGUUGUAACAGGAUCCCUGCGAUUGUUGUCAAUCAGCGGCUUAGACGAAAUUUCAGGGACGUUGUCGGUGAUCGUUACAUUAACCUUAACAUGGCGAGACAAACGUUUAAGAUGGGUCCCUUCUAUGUACGGCAAUCUCAAGUCCAUGGAAAUUCCUCAGGACAAAGUCUGGACACCUUCGAUAAUGAUGAGGUAUCCUGUUAAGAAGGUGAAGAAGUUGGGCAUGGAGGACAAUAUAGUUACUAUUUCCAGGAACGGGACAGUCGCUCUACAUAUUGGGGACUACUUAGAAACGGCCUGCAGUUUUGACGUAACACAUUUUCCAUUUGAUCACCAGAGUUGUGAUAUUACAUUACUACCAUGGAUUUACUCCAGAGAUGCAGUGGAUUUUCGACAAAAACGAGAUGAUAUUGAUCUUGGUGUAUUCUCCAAAAGUGGUAUGUGGGAAAUCAAGAGCACAGAAGCAUCGGUUGAAUACAUUCUGAUUUCGGAUAAUACCGAGUGUGCGGUGUUAAAGUAUACGAUAGAGCUGGAAAGAAGAUCGUCAUAUUUCGUUCUAACGAUAUUCGUACCUGUCAUCAUGCUUCUUCUGUUGAAUUCCAUUGUGUUUCUUCUUCCCUCGGAGAGCGGAGAACGUGUGGGUUACGCUAUAACGUGUCUGCUAGCAUUAGCCGUCUUUCUGACGCUAACGGAUGACGUGUUACCUAGAACCUCCAAACCGUUGUCAGUGCUGUCCUGUUUCCUGAUGCUUCUCGUGUUAACGUCUGCUGUUAUUUGUCUGACAACAAUUAUAAGUGUCUGGUUGCAUCACAAGGACGACAAAUCACACAUGCCAUUGUAUCUAAAGAAGUUCACUCACUUCAUGCUCUGUAGGAAUCAUAAAACUAACACAGCUGAGUUUGAAAUCGUUGAUAUUCUGACAGAGCCGCCAAAAAACAAAAAGAGUAACUCUCAAUUUGAUACCGUGACAAGUUUCAAAAAUCAUAAACCAGAAUUCGAAGGUGAAAAUACAAGGAAUGUAACCAAGCUAAGCAUGCGCAAUUCAAAAAGAGAGAUUAAAACAAAGUCCUCAGACGGUACACUGCACGUGACGCUCAAAAGGAAAAAGGAACAUGGCACUGACGAGAAACACUUUAAGAACCCAGAAGAUUUGGAUGAUCUCUACACUGACAUUACAUGGAAAACAUUCUCAGAACUGUUCAAUUUUCUGUGUCUUGUUGGGACAGUUGCAUUUACAGCUUUGUUUGGAUCAAUAUAUGUUCUGAUUGCAGGUGGAAAUCUUUGAGAUAAAAAAUGCAUCAAUUCAAAUGCUGCAAUGUACAAUUGU